CUCAGGUCGAGCUGGGCUCGAGCGCAGCAGCUGGAACACACUCGGUUCACGCCUACAGCGAGGACCCAACCUGCUACCGAAGCCCCCCCGUCUCUCCGUCCUUCUCCCUCUCCCCCCCGCCCCCCAGAGCCCACACUCACCACGUUACCGGUGGCUUCGCUCCUGUUAUCAGUGCCGGGGCCGCUUCUUCUUCUUCUGUCUGCGGGAGAUUUGCGGUGAACUAACCGGAGCCGAAUGCGUUAUUCUGCGCGGCGUGUGCUGCCCUCACUCCAGCAGUCCGCUACAGCGAGAAGAUGGCGUCGGAAGGAGGGAAAGGGGAGCAGCCGCCUCCGGUACAAACACUGGUAACCGCUGUCCAUGGAAGUGUCGAGGCGAAAUGUGAGCUGAACAUGGAUAACCUAAGCAAGCCAGAGCUCCUAACGCUCCUGAGCAUCAUGGAGGGAGAGCUGGAGGCCCGAGACCUGGUCAUUGAGGCACUUAGGGCUCGGAGGAAAGAGGUGUUUCUGCAGGAGCGCUAUGGCCAUUUCAGCCUGACAGACCCGUUCCUGGCCCUGCAGAGGGACUAUGAGUCCGGGGCAGGGCAGAAGGAUCGACGGCCUGUCAGUGCCAGCCCCAUCACUGUCCUGGAGGCUGUCAUGGCCCACUGCCGCAAGAUGCAGGAAAGGAUGUCUGCCCAGUUAGCAGCCGCUGAGAGCAGGCAGAAGAAGCUGGAGGUGGAGAAGCUGCAGCUGCAGAGUCUGGAGCAGGAGCACCGCAAGCUGUCGGCGCAGUUGAAGGAUGAGCGAGAGAAGAACAAGCAUGUGGUGAUGAUGCUGGUGCGUGAGUGCAAGCAGUUAGCAGCACGGGUGAUUGAGGAGAGCCAGCGGUUUGAGGAGCUCUCGUCACGUUCUGAGCAGGAGGGGCGGUCUUCAGGACGCCUGGAGGAGGAGCUGGCUACAGAGAGACGCCGGAGCCAGCAGAUGGAGGCUGAGAUGGAGAAGCAGCUGGCCGAGUUUGACACAGAGCGUGAGCAGUUGCGGGCCCGGCUGAGCCGCGAGGAGACCCGUACCACUGAGCUGCGGGCCGAGAGCGACAGCUUACGGCAGCAGGUGGAGCAACUAAGGACUGAGCGGGGCAAAGAUGCUCCACCACUGCCUCCACCUGCCCCAGCAUCAGUCAAACCCAAGACCAUGGUGUCGGUGGCUGUUAGCACAGAGGCAGCCAGUUGCAGGGUUGCUGCCUCCCAGACGGACCAGCUGUUGGAGCCUGAAGCGCCUAAGAAGGCGCCACUGACCAUCCCUGUAAAGCCAACAGCUACCAGCUACAGUAGCAUGAACCUACCCAAGACCUCCACCUCCGGAAGGGGGCUACACCACGGGACCUCUCAGGCAGAGAAUGGAGGGGAGGGCCAGACAACGCAAAAUUCAGCUCAUGGUUUACAUUCACCUGGUGGCGCCUCCACUCUGCCCACAGGGGUGAGCCCCCGUGUUCAGGCAGCCCGCUACAAAUUCCAGCCCUCAGCUUCAGAGCAGGACCAAAAUGGCAUGACCGGUCAGGGUCCCCCAUCUCGGGACCUGUCCCCCACCAACCGAGACAACUUUGCCGCCAAGCAGCAGGCACGCCACACAGUUACGCAAGUCCUCUCACGUUUCACCAGCCCACCAGCAGGGGGCCCCCCUGCAGCCCUCAGGCCUGGCCUGUCCCACUCCGCCUCAGAGGGGGGUCCCUUUGCUGGGCGGCUUGGUCACCCACAAAUUGGCAUCAAGUCGCCCACGGUGGCGCGCAUCGACAGAGGCAACCCACCCCCCAUCCCUCCAAAAAAACCCGGACUUUCUCAGACACCGUCCCCUCCUCACCCGCCAAUCAAAGUGGUGGGAGAGGCCAGCAGGUCCCCAGGGGUUGGACUGGGGGUGGGGCCUGCCAAGUCAGCCGCCACCCCCCAGCUUCCACCCAAGCCCUCCCUGGACUUGGGGGGUGCGGUUCCAGCCUUGACCGCGUCUCAGGUGGGUGCUUCCAGGCAGCGGGGGCCGCAAUCAGCCACAGCAUGCGUGGAUUGUCCCCCUGUCACCACCACCACGUCCACCAUCGCUACCAUUGUCAGUAGACCAUGUGUAAAUCCUGCUAGCGUUCCAUCCCAUAGCCCCCAGCACCCGGGCAGCCCCCUGGCAGCAGCAUCAGGCUGGCGUCCCUCCAUAGUCCCCCCACUUACCUGUGGUGACCCCGUCCCCCUGGUUGACGGGCACACCCUUUUGCUCCAAGCUGCUUCCCAGGGAAAUGUCACUUUAUUGUCUAUGCUGCUUAAUCAAGAUCCACCAAUGGAUAUUAGUCACCUCCAACAAGACCUAACCUCUGCCUUGUUUUCUGCUGCUCAAAACGGACACACAGAAUGCUUGAAUCUGCUGCUGACUUUUGGGGUGUCUGCUGAUGCUCCUGAUGACAAUGGAUUUACCCCCUUACACACUGCUGCUGCUAACGGCCACCAUGGGUGUGCGCAGGCUUUGCUGGGCCACGGUGCGGAGGUGGAGCGAGAGUGUGUGGGCGGCCGGACCGCGCUGAUCCUGGCCUCUGAGCAAGGCAGUGUGGAGUGUGUGAGAGUCCUACUGGAUGCCGGUGCAAACCGCUCUCACAUCACUGCUGAUAGCUGCACUGCUCUACAUGCUGCUGUGAGUAUGGGUCACGUGGGUCCCCUGAAGCUUCUGCUGUAUCACCCGUCUCCAGACCCAGAGACAGGCGGCUCAGCAGCCGACCCAGAAGCCCACCACACACACUCUGGCCCAGUUAUGACCAGACACAUCCUCAAUCAUGCAAACAAGGAUGGCUGGACUGCAGCCCACAUUGCUGCAUCCAGAGGCUACAAGAAAUGCCUGGAGGUUUUGUGUAGCCACAGCCAACAGGACAUUGAGAAGAGGGACAAAUGUAACCGCACUAUACAUGACGUGGCCACAGAUGACUGCAAAAACUUACUAGAGAACCUAGAUUGCUACAGGGUGGUGGUGCAGGUACACACCGGCUCACGGGAGCACCUCUGCCCUGUCGAUCUCCUGGAGGACGGCCCCACUAUUGGCACAGUUACCAUCCAGCGCCACACCAGCUGGGUAGAACUAGAGCAGAUUCUGAGCCACUUGCUGACCAGCCACCUUAUGCUGGUGUGUGGGAGCUGGGAGCCGCAGGAGGGGUUAGGCGGAGCUGACACACCCCUGGGCCUGUCCUCGGACAGUGUGGCUUCUGUAAAAAUAGGUGAUGCUGUCUGGCUACCUGGGCAGGAUUUGGCCCACUCUCCUUGGGACCUAAUCCGAAAACGCCUGAGCCAACGAAUCUCCAUCCUCCUCAAAGGCCUGGCAGAGUGUUCUCUGGACGAGAUGACCUACGACUCUCUGAUCCCACUACAGCUGCUGCAGAACUAUGUGCGCCUGGUGGAACAGUAUCGUAAUGUCAUUUUCCACGGACUAGAGGGGAGCUUUCAGGAGUACAUCGCCAACCAGAUCUCCCAACACAUCAAGCACAGACAGGAGGCCAUGGGGAUAAGCUGUGAUGUCAUCCGUGUAGAGAUAGAAGAGAGUCUGAGUAAAGAUCAGCUGUUGGAGACCUUCAUCAACUGUGGGUUUCUGAUGUCUGUGCGGGAGGCUGCUGCAAGGCGCUGUGUUGUAGCUGUGUUGGAGGGUCUGGAGAAAGCUCAUUCUCUCAGUCACAUGCUGGAUGACCUGUGUGAGGCACUGGAGAAUCGCGGCUCGCUCUACUCGCUCUCACUCAACCACGGUCUAGAAGGGCUUUACUACUUCCAGGAGGGCAGUUUUCUGAUUGGCACGCUGGCCAAGCCACGACUGCAGGGUCCCGAGCUGAGAUUGCAGCAGCACUUCCGCUGGGUGCAGCUGCGCUGGGACACUGAACCACUGAGUGGCAUGCUUGGACGCCACCUUCGCAGGAAACUCCUUCACAAGACUCAAGGCCAGUGCUGGGCCCCUCAUGACCCCGUGCACAGAGCUCUCUCCUGGGUGUGUUCAGUAUGGCAGCAGCUCAACAGCUGUCUCUCUCGCCUGGGGACACCGGAGGCAAUCUUGGGCCCUCACGUCUUUCUCUCUUGCCCGGUCCUGCCAGAACAGACCCUUGCUAUCCUGAAGUGGUUGGCCCGUCUGUGGAAUGUGGUGGUGGUCCCGCGUGUUGAGGAUGCGGUCAUCUCCAGGGUAACAGCCAGGCGCUCUCCUUCCCAGCAACGGUCUCCUAGCAACAAGGGCUUGAGCCCAGGGCAACGGGCCGUGGUCCGAGCUGCUCUCAGCAUUCUGUUGAACAAGGCUGUGCUGCAGGGCUGCCCACUGGCCAGAUCUGAAAUCGAUCAGCUCUUGCCAGAGUUCAGGGGUGGAUGUUUUCCACUCUCCUCUGUCAGCUCCUCCUACAGAAAAGGUGGGAGAAAGGGACGUGAUAGUGGUGCGUGGAGACGAUCCAAUACCAGCCCACGAAAGAAAGGAAGCCCCGCCUUUGGGAGAUCCUCCAAUAGCUCCUUACGUGAAGGGUCUGUGGCCAAUUCAGACGUCCACAUAAUGGCAAAUGUCAAUCACUCCAGGCUCAGCGAUGGAGACUCCGUCGGUCUCUCUUUCUGCUCUGAUGAUGAGAGCGAUCUGAUCAGGGAACUUCAGACCAUGUGCUCCAGUAAAUCUGAGCCAGACAUAAGCAAGAUCGCUCUGUCACAAGAGGACUUUAUCAUGCUCCCUGGCUCGAGUCGAACUACACCUCAGAAUAGCAGAACAGAGAAUGGUGUGGAGACUGCCCAGCCUCCACCAAAACAGAUCGAGAGUAGCCAUUCAGCAGGCAGUCACACCUCCCCUCGGCGUGCGGCCAAGUCCAGGUCUCAGCUCCCAGUGCCCAGCAGCAGGGGGCUCCAGCAAACUUCCAGCAGCACCCACCAAGCCACCAACAGCAGCAGCAGCAGCACCCACCAAUCUACCACAAGCAGCAGCAGCAGUCGUUUGUCCCUAACCCACAGAAGUACACCGAGCAGAGCUCACACGAGCAGCAGAACGAGGCAGGUCUUACCCAACAACAGAAACAACCAAUCAGAAGAGGAAAUCUGGGUCCUAAACUCUAACUCACAUGAGAACUACAAUAACCAUGACUAGACCACCUGCCCCAACCCCACCUUACCCCCUCAACUUUAUAUCCUAACUCUGUAAACUCUUCCCCUCCACGUUGUGAAGUUCUGUUUCUGACAGCCUUUUAGUAUUUCUACAUGUUGUCCAUACUUGUCACACUAUAUUAAUACCUUGUGUACUUGGGGACCAUAGUUUUAAAUCUAUUUCACUGUUGAAGUAUUGAGUUUAAACUGAAAAAAAAAAAGAAAAAGAAGUGUUGGACAGAGUAGCAGGAAAACGCUAAUAAAAGAAGUGCUUUGUAAGCUUUUGCCUUUUAGGUAAAAAUGUUGUGGAUCAAAGGAGAAGCAGACAAGUCUUUUGCUAUAAGUAUUUUAAAACAAGUAUUUUAUGUUUUGAAUAGUUGCAAGGUUGGUUUUAAAUAUUGUUGAAAUUAAUCAGGGUUUUACCAAAUAUGUGUAAAUAAAAAAACGGGAACUUAAAUGUUAUAUAUAGACUAGUGUAUGUGGUAUUGCGCUUGUACAUUGAUGAACCUAAAAGAACAAAAAAAAAAACUGUAAAUAGUGUUUGUAAUAUUACAUUUUGGUUGAUAUUUUUCACUUGUUUCAAAGUGAACUGAAUGUGGCAAUAAGUGAAGUCAUUGCAAACAGGUUCUUUUCUUUUUGUCUGUAAAGCCAUAAUUAGUAGUUUUAAUUACCCAUAGAAUGCGUGCAGAGUCAUCACUUGCUUGAAUCCUGCGUAGAUGCGAUCUCUGAAAUCUGAGGCAGCACGCAUUCCUUUUGAAUGGAUUGUUGGUCUGUAUUACACUCUUAGAAUAAUCAAGUAUUAUUUGAAACUCUCCAUUGUUCAUAUGUACAGAAGAGAUUAUAGUCAACCACUGCUGUUGAGUUGUAAGAUAGUUGUGUGAUGAGGUUCAGAGAACUGUCCUGUUUCCUCCGAGCACAAUGAAUAAAAUGCACUGUUACCCCAACAA